ACUCGGUAGUAGCUAGCUCAGAAGAGUUUGAUUUAACGCCGAUGAUUCGUUCCCAACAGGCCAUCUAUUAAUUCAUUCUCAUCAGAAACUACUAGUAAUUAGCGGGAUUCCUCGAAUCUAGACUCUAACAAUUUGACCAAUACCCCACCUUGAAUAUGCAAUCCACCGUGAACAACAUAAAACAUGAUUAACAACAUCAACAACCCAGACCAAACCCACCUUGAAUAACAUAACUCUCAACACCACCAAAAUGUCCCACGGCGAAACAAACAUUCCCACCCUCCUCUCAACAAUGGACCCGAUGCUUGACCCCGAAACCUACGUCUUCCUCUCAACCACCACACCCCUCAAUUCCCUCCCCCUCCACACCCUCCAACCUCAAAUGAUCUUCCAAGAAUCCGAAGGCCUGACCCUAAUUACCACCAAAGCCAUCGCUGAAACCCACCACUACGACAACUACACCUUCCCCUGCCGCAAGAUCUCAUUAAAGGUGCAUUCCAGCCUAGAAGCCGUGGGCCUGGUCGCAACGAUAUCGACGAAGUUGGCCGCGCACGGGAUCAGCACGAACGUUGUCAGUGGAUUUUUCCACGAUCAUGUUUUUGUGCCGGAGGGUAGAGAGGGGGAUGCGAUGGGGGCUCUGGUGGGGAUGAUGAAUGGUGAAUCUUGAUUGCGACUUGUAGUACGAUAUUGUGUCAUGGUUCUAGAGAGACAGGAAAUUGAUAUGGUGUAUAUAAUAGGGACAACAGGGCUAUGUAGGGCUUCUUGCACGUCAGAGGUUACCUGGCGUAACCCAGAGAGGAAAGUCACGGGCGACCG